ACAACGUGUGCGAAAAGGGGAAUCGAUUCCCUUCAUACCACCUUCGCGUGUUUGUCUUUUGGAGGUCACGUAGGUCGACUCGGCCUCAAAUGAGAACCGUAACCCGGUGCGGUGUGUAAAGCGUCAGCACUGGAGGGGGGGCGGGGAGGGAGGGAGAGAGACAAAGGCGGCCGGCCGUAGUAGUGCUGGCCACCCUCAUAGGUGUGCCGUACCGCCUGCAUUCAUAGCUCCUGCUCGCGAACAGCACUUGCUCCAAACAGCCCGUCAUACAACAGGCUGCACGGGGAGAGAGGAGAGGGGGGGGAAGCGUCGCGUUGUGUAGGCCGCGUCGGGGUGUACACACCGAGCGAGUAGCGGGCGAGUGUCGGUGAGCGAUGGAGGCGGCGCGCGUCCUCCGCGCGCUGCUGCGGGAGCUGCGCUUGGCCUCACCCCCGGAGCGGCGGCUCCGAGACGGCCUCGCGUAUCGCCACGUGGCGCAGCUGUUCCGCGACAACCAGGUGACGGAGGAGCAGAAGUGCCGCGCUCGCGAGGAGAUGCAGCACCGGGCCAUCACCUACCUGUGCCUGCUCCGAAGCACGCGGCAGUACGCGGCGCUGCACUCCGAGUACCAGGGCCGAGGGGAGCGCGCUCCCGAGGACGUGGCGCGCCUCGUGGGUCUCUGCAUGCCCCCCCGCCAGAGGCAAGCCCCCCACGGCGAGGGUGGCGGCGGUGGGAUUGGAGGAGGCGACGAGGGGCCGCGCUGAACGAGGGGCCAGCCGGCUUCCGCGUGCGCGCGGUGCGUCCCGGCGGUUCACGCGGGGGGGUGGUUUAAACAACAGAUACAUGUGUAUGUUGAACUUCAUUCGCGCCGGACGUAGCCCACCGCGCUAAUAUUCCGCUCGCUCUCGUAGAGAGAGAGAGAAUGGCCACGUAGUGAGUCGGCGCCAACUAUCCCAAGCUCUGGGGUCCUCUAUGUAUCCAUGUGCUAUUGGCCAAUGAGUGUUUACAUCACACGUGCGAGGGGGAAACACUCUAUCCCAUACGUUCAGAACAGUUUGAGUCCCAACAUUUUUGCUGUACCGCCAUCUCCCGACGAGUCCAGGAUAUUAUAACAUAUCGACGCCCAGGGGAAAGUGGGGGGGGGGGAGCCUUCACAAACACGUGUGCGCGAUCCAGUGCUGGAUUACAGGCCACAUGCAUAGCCAACAACCAACCCUUACUUGACUGCGUUUUGGUGAAGUGGGAUGGGGGUGCGGGGAGGACCGGUGCAAUUAUCUCACGAUUGAAGUUGUUAAGAAUAAAAUUAAACCGAGAGUUGGGCGUUCGAACUGCGCCGAUUGUGGACGCGUGUGUGCGCGCGCCCCGCAACCUUCACCACAAAGGAUCCCGAUCUCGUCCCAUCUCGGCAGCGGAGCAGGCUCGAGCCCUGGUUAGCACUUGGAUAAGGAGAACGCGGACUACCUGGGUGUGUACCACGUGUUGCAGGCUUGGGCUGCGUGGUGGUGAAACUGUGCGGCGCUUUGAGUGUCCCCUCAUCUCGUGUGGGUGGUGAUGGGUUUACUCCGGGUUCUCCAGUUUCCCACGCACCCCCGAAAGGCUUGCAAACUCUCAUGAAUGGAAUUCACCAAACGUCCCAAUGUAGCAGGGACCCCCUAGACAGAAGACUGGAUGAGACUUUACUGGAUGAAUACAUUGAGUUGUGAUUAUUAGUACGAAAGGCCGUGACCUGAAGAGUGACACAUGGCUAACGUCACACAUCCUCGCCUGUUUUAUGCACCGUCACAUCUGUGAAACAAUAAAACGCUGCCUGGUCUCACAAGGCAACCCGAAGCAAAAGAAA